AUGUCGACAAAAUCAUCGACUUCAUCUAAAAAAUCAGCCAGCAAAAGACUUGGUAAUUUUACAAUUACUUGUCCUGAUUUAACUGAUGAAAAAAAAGAAGCAAGCACUUAUACUCUUGAAGUACCUUCAUCAUCAACAAUACUCAAUUAUCAUGGACAAACUAUUGAUGUUAAUACACAACAAUUCGAUACUCUUCGUGUAUUAGGACGUGGUUGUUAUGGGUAUGUACUUGCUGUAAGAAUUGAUGGUUAUCCAGACGUUCAAAUGGCUGUUAAAAGAAUAGCACUUGAAACGAAAGAAGAACGUCAAGCAUC